AUGGUCCUCUUCAAACGUAAACCGGUCCGCUUCUUGCCGGCACAGGAAAUUGAAGAUGAGAAUACUGAGGUUUGGCACAUUCCUCAAACAGGGGAGAUCUUUACCUCAUAUGAGGACUAUCUUGAUCGAAUGGAUUUCUAUAAACAGCGUCGCUUUAAUGAUCAGAUUACAGGCCAUUCCGGUCUAACUUUCUUUGAAGCUCUGAAGAGCGAGCUUGCUGGUGGCAAAGAAGUCGAAGCUUCAUUUCCCGAGGCGUUGAAAGGCCCUAUACUGCGUAAGGUGCAGUUUCAGACCGUUUCUCGCCUGGAUAACCUCGUUGAUCAAAUCUACGACGAGUUCAAGCAUGACUAUUACCCUGGUGAAGAGGUCACAGUGACCAUGAAGGGAGGCGAUCGCGCUCAUGGACUGGUCCGCGACAAGACAACUUUUGGUCCCCGUGCUCUUCCUGAUGGAACUCACUCUUUACCUACAACUCGCUAUCUGGUGGAUCUCAAGGACACAGAACAGGACACGAUUGUAACCGAUGAACACAUCUGUCGCGACCGGGGUAUCUUCACCAAGGCGAUGCUUCGAUCUUUCAUCAAGAAGACUGUCACUCGCGACGCAUGGAAUGGGGCACCGUGGUUAGUUAAGCAUGACUAUGCGAGCCAGUAUCAUAUCGAUACUCGUGUUCCUCCUCACCUUCGGUAUGACACAAAGGUCAUGGAGCGUAAACAGCUGCAGGCCCAGAAGCGAGCCCACCUCAGCCAUGACACCAACGGUCAUGAUCUGACUUCUGCACUUCAUUCUGGUCCAGUACGUCUGCCGGAACUCAAGCCGGCUCCCAAGAGUAAGGCGAAGCCUGGUCAGCCGGGAUCUGGUUCAAAAGGUCUCAAGUGGCCUCUUAAUAUGCCUGUUCAUGGCAGCAACCCAUUCAGCUCUCCUUCGGACUAUGGAAUCCAGACACCAAUCCAGCGUGAACCUACGCCGCCUCCUCCCCCACCUCCUCCUCCCCCGAAAUAUCCCAUCGAAGAUUUGCAGCUUGAGCCCCGAGAUGAUCGCAAACGUCCACCGCUCAAAUUCCUUUGCAGAAACCCACCUGUAAAGGUUGAAAACGACGACAUGCCGCAGAGUGAGUAUUGCGACAAGAUUGAUAUGGAAUCGAUUGGCCCAUUGCUGGAGACUUGGGACACCUUAAAUGUGUACUGCGAGGUGUUUAAGCUGGACUCGUUCACAUUUGACGAUUAUGUUGAGACUCUCUGCUUUGCGUCAGAGGAGGUUCCGAUUCAGUUGCUUGACGAGAUCCAUUGCUCAGUAUUGAAGAUUCUGGUGGACUCUGAAGCCGAUGGUGGCAAGGUUCGCAUCACUUUACCCGAAGUCGACGAAGAAGAUAGCGACGAGGACAGCGAUGAGGAUGCUAGUGCUCUGCCAACUCCUGAACCCGAGGCUCGGCCAGUGGGGCGAGCUACCCGCAGCAGUCUUGCUAAGGCGGAGGCAGAACGUUUGGCUGCCGAGGCCGCGGCCGCUGAGAAGGAAAGCGAGGAGGAGACCAAGCAUCGCGCCGAGCAACUUCUCAAGGAUUACGACUGGAUCGAACACCUGCGAAAGCGAGACUUUACUAACGGAGGAUGGGAGCGAAUCAUGGUUGGCCUUCUCCAUCAGUUAUCAAAGAACGAACGUCGUCAUGAGGUCUGCGAGGAGCUCUUGCACCUCCUUGUGCCUGCUGGAGUUGACGCUACUCAAGAAACUGUCAAGCAGCGAUACGCCCAACUCGAUGUUAACCAGCGGGUCAAGGCUUUGCAGAUAAUCUGCAUGCUGACCACUGAGACCAAGGCCAUGCGAGGCUACAUGGAAGAUUGCAGCGAAACCAUGACCACCUACCGCAAGGAGAGGAUCGAAUGGCAGCGGCAACGUAAGCAAGCCAUUGAAGAUCUACGCCAACUCAAUGAGCAGAAAAAGAUCCUCCUACCAGAGAACAUGCCUCCUUCCCCGCCGAAGGAAGAGGAUGGGGACGUGAAAAUGGCUGAUCCCGAAGAUUCCAUUAUCUCACGAGGGGGAGACGGCGAAGAAACGGAAGAUGACCCAUCGGCUCGCAAGCGCCGACGACCUCAGACGGCUAAGCAGCGUAAGCAAGAGGAAGAAGAGGUUCGCAAGAAAGAGAAGGCAGCCAAGGUUGCCAAGACGCCUAAGCCGCCAGCCCAAUCAAAGCAGUUCAUCAAACUCUUGAAGGACAUUCAGAAGAAAGAGGAAGUCGUCAAAAAGUGUGAGGACGAGAUUGCCGUCAUCGAAAACGAUCUGCGCGAGGCUGACUGCCCACGAACCCGAGUGCUCGGAAAGGAUCGCUUCUGGAACCGGUACUAUUGGUUUGAACGAAAUGGCAUGCCGUAUGGUGGGCUUCCUGAUAGCUCGACUGCAUCAGCCGAUUACGCUAACGGCCUGAUCUGGGUUCAAGGACCUGACGAGCUUGAGCGAGAAGGAUACAUCGACCUGCCUGCUGAGCUCCAGGAAGAGUACAAGGAAAAGUUUAACAUGACUGUUCCUGAGCGAAAGGCUAUGGAAGAGGCCAACACCAGUGUCUUCAACGCACACCAGUGGGGUUACAUCUCGGAGCCGGCGCAUGUAGAUGAGCUCAUCAAAUGGCUAGACCCUCGUGGUUUCAACGAACUCAAGCUUCGAAAGGAGCUCUUGAGCUUCAAGGACAAGAUCGCCAAGCAUAUGGAGAGCCGCAAGGCCUACCUGUCCAAGGAGGAAGAUGGUGAGAAGAAAGAGGAGAAUCACAAGCGAAUGAGCACUCGCAUCCGGGACAAGUCGCCGGAAGUGCCCAACUAUCGCAGUCUCCAGUGGGAGAACACGACCGCGCUGGAGGAACUAGGACACUUACACAGUGACCCCCCGCCACCUCCCAGAUCUCGAAAGCAGACACGAAAGCGGGAGGCCGUUAACGACGCGCCAGCCCCAGCAGCAAAGUCUCGACGACGAUGA